AUGAACGCCGAAGCCCCCGCAGCAAGCGCCGCUGGCCCCAGCAAGGGACCCCCCAGGUUCAAGCAGAGGAGUGUCCGCACAUUCAAGAGCAAGGCCCCAAAGCCUGGCCAGAAGGGAUUUGGUGAUGACAUCCCUGGAAUGGAGGGUCUCGGCACAGACAUCACUGUUGUCUGCCCCUGGGAGGCCUUUGGUGACAUGGAGCUGAGCGACCUGGCAAAAUACGGCAUUGUCUGA